AUGGUGGGAACAGGCUCAAAACCCAGGCCUGUUGGCCGGGUGAAGAAGGGCACCGAAACCACAAAAUCACAUCGAUUCGAGGGCUUCUCAUCGCGCAUCACGAAGCUCAAAAUCGACCCGAUCCACCGCGUGCGCCGCGCCAGUUUCGGCGAAGAUGACGAAACAGCCUCAUAUUUCCGGUCGGCACUCGACCACUGGUUUGAGAUGAACCUUUCAGACAACUUUUCACAAUUCGUACGGCGUGUCAACCCUCUUUCUGAAAGCUUUGCCCAGGUCGUCUACCAUGAAGAAAAGAUUAUGGCUCUACUGGUGGAGUUCAUUGAGAAGAGAGACGAACACUCCUUGGAACCACUGUUGAGCCUGGUUGCGCAAUUUGCUCGGGACUUGGGUGUCAAAUUCGAGAAACAUUUUGCGACAGCGGUUACUCUCGUUUCAUCUAUUGCAGCGACACAUGCGGACAUUGAGGUGGUGGAGUGGAGCUUCACCUGUCUAGCAUGGAUCUUCAAGUUCCUGUCUCGCCUGUUGGUACCGGACCUGCGACAGCUUCUCGGUAUCAUGACUCCAUACCUCGGCAAAGAGCGACAGAAACCAUUCGUUGCGAGGUUCGCAGCCGAGUCAAUGUCUUUCUUGAUUCGCAAGGCCGGUCUUGUCUACUACAAGAACAAAGCGCCCCUUGAGAUCGCCGUUUCAUAUCUAUUUGAUGAUAUCUCGAAGACUGCGGACGACGGCAUGGACACCACGAGUUAUAAAGACGGCUUGAUGAACAUGUUUUCCGACGCCAUUAGAGGAGUCAACAACGGACUUCACUCCAAUGGAAUGGACAUCCUCGAUUGUAUCCUGUCUAAGAUCCCACCCAGUCAAGCCAACAAUGUGCCAGCAGAAGUUGUCUGUGGUGUGGCUGUCAGCCUUGUCCACCACACAACCCCCGAUACCUUCGGCCCUGUCCUUGAAACAGUCAAAGUCUACAUCGAGGAACGCUCAAAGUCCACACCGAAUCCCAAUAUUUCCGAGUGCUGUCGUUUAAUGUUUUUGCUUGUGGGAACCCGUAAGGGUGUCAGAAUUCAGAACUGGAAGACGGUUCACCAGAUCCAGGUAUCUCUGCUUCAGCAGGUGUCAUCCUCUGAUGUUCCUUCUGAAACGAUAUCAGUGCUCCUUACCAGUGUUGCAUAUGCCCUGCAAAAUUCCCCUAUGGACGAGCUGCUCCCAUACCUGCGCUCUAUCGUGGACCUGGUGUCCACAGGUCCUCUCUCAAAAUAUUUCCUCUUUUUCUGUACAACAUUCUCAGAGUGGGGCUCUGAGCGAUUCCAGAGCUUGCUUAUUUCGCCACUCCAAAAGUUCAUCAAUUCAUCAUGGCAAGACCGCGAGUGGGAGACUUGUUCCGCCCUGCUUCGCCUGAGCCAAUCUGGGUGUAUCUCACCAGAUAGCUCUAAGCCUGGCUAUAUCUCAUGCCCUGAUGCAUUCAAAGCCCGCGUCAAUGCCUCGCUGGAAUAUCCCACAACGGAUGAGGCCUUUUUGAACUCACUGGUCAAGCUUCCAUCAGCAAUUUCUCUGUUUUCAAGCUCUGCCACGAUAUCGAAGAUGGUUUCCAAGCUUCACAGCAACCUUUUGUCAGCUCUCCAGGAUGGCGCGACUGAAGGCAAGGAAGGGCAAACCAACGGUCUGGUCUUCUUCCUCGGCCAAGGCUUUAAAACGUAUGUCGACCUCGCCAAACAAGUUGGAGAGCUUGACUUGAGCAUUUGGGGACAGAUCAUUGCGACUGCUACUAAAUUCUCUCGCCUUCCAGUUUUCCUGGAGGGUGCUCUCUCUUUCAUCUCUUCCCUGCCAGAGUCUGCAGAUCUAGAGCACUCUACACUAGAGGACUUUGCUCAAGACCUCAUUGUCAACCUGGCUAGUCCGUCUCACAGGCUACGCUUAGUAUCUCUCCAGAUUUUGCGCGAAUUGAUCGUUCGCGUCAACAAGGACGAUCCCUCCCCCGUGGAGCUGGCCAUCGAAGUUGAAGAAAGCCCGUUAACCAUGGACAGUGUCAGAGUCAUCUCCAUGCAUAUCCGAAAACUUGCCAUUCUCUAUCCCCAAACAAUGUCUCGCAAAUGGAUGACUACUUUGAUCCCAUAUUUCUGCUUUGGAUUAUUCUCAAAGAAGUUGGCUCCCUUGUGGGAUGACUCUGCUGCAGCUCUCAAGUCUAUCAGCGAGCACCCUGAGGGAGAGAAGAUUGUAUCUGACUUGUCUAUCCAGUGGUUGCAUGAGCGUGAUUCUGAAGCUCCCGAUGCCCCAGAUGACGAUGAAAGCUCUUACGUCGCCAGUCACUUCCAGUGUUCCAACGUUUUCAAGGUUGAAAAGGUUCUCGCUGCGAAUAUGAAGAGCACAGAGGAUCCAUACUCCGUCCUAUCCCAACAAUUCAACGAAGACCACACCAUUGCAGCUGUCCUUCCUACCUGCCCACGGACUCAUGCUUUGCGUGUCCUCAAUGCCGCCCCCGGCGUGGCUGAAAAGCGCUCCCGUCAAAUUGUGCCCUUGUUCCUCACAUGGGCAUUGCGUGAUGACCAGGAUGACGUCCCUCAGGCUAGUGAGGCGAAGACCGAUGCCGAAACUGGCGAAGAGCAAGUUCGCUGGGGAUUCAAGGAUCGUCUGUCUAUGCUCGCUUUGUUUGCGCAGUUCCUCAACCCUAGAGUCUUGUAUAGGACCGAGGAAGUCCACAAGGCUGUCUUGGGAUUGCUGUGUCACGGAAACUCCGAACUCCAGAAAUCAGCACUCAAGGUUCUGUUCACCUGGAAGGAUAAGAGUGUUACUCCAUACCAGGAGAACUUACUCAACAUUUUGGACGAGUCUAGGUUCAAGGAUGAGCUUGCAGCAUUUGUACACGUUGGCAACGACAACAGCCUUAUUGAAGAGUCUCACCGCGAAGUCCUCCUUCCUGUGCUCCUUCGACUACUGUACGGUCGAAUGAUUUCCAAGGCCGGUGGUUCUGGCCAAGCCGGCCAAACCGGCAGACGAAAGACCAUUCUUCGUACUAUCUCACACCUCUCUGAGCAUGACUUCGGCCUCUUCAUGCAACUCGCCUUUGGCCAACUUGGAGAUGCGAACAUCAUCGAAGACCCGAGCAUCUUCGAGCAAGAGUUUACAAGCCCGAGAAGACAGUUGGGUCUGCUCAAGAUGAUUGACACCGUGUUUGAGACUCUUCAAACACGCAUGAUCGCAUAUGCCCCCCAAACCAUGAACGUGGUUGUUUAUUGUUUGGUGCGAGCAUGCCGAUCUCUUUACAGCGAAGGCAGUAAUCGUCCAGAGGAGCGCUUCUUGACUGUGCUCCAAAACAUUCGCUCUGAGUCUAUUAGAUGUCUUAAUCUGGUCUUCUCAAUUGCCUCAAACCGCGACUGGACCCCGUAUGUCCGCAUUAUCUUCAAUGAGGUGAUCAACAGCAGACUGGAUCAGUUCCCUAUCGAGACUGCUCAGGGUGUUUCAGGACUGCUACGGCUGUUCCAUACUUGGGCCUCUUUCCCACGGUCGACAUUCUACUUGGUUCAGCACAACGACAAAGUUCUGACCAAGGUGAUCGACUGUCUCGGGGUAGAGUCAUCACGAGAUGAGGUCAAGAACUUCGUUCUGGAUGAAAUUCUUGUGCCAUUGGUCGAGACCUCCACUGGAAAGAAACUGCAAGAAAAUGAAGAGAUGUCCGACUUCCCUGCGGAGCAGAUCAAAUCGGAGGUUCUUUCCCCCUACCUGGAACACGCUCUGCAGCAUAUUGGCCGCGUCCUUAAGAGAGGCCCCUCCAAGCCUGUUCUUUACUCGGGUGUCAACGCGCUUUCUCUCAUCGCCCCUUGUGUUGAAUCUUCUCAAGAGACGUCCAGUCUCAUCAGCAUCACUACCUAUCUUCUCCGCCAACCCCCAGAUCGUGUGAGCCCAAGAACCAAGUCUGGUUUGUUGAAGAUUCUCGAGCACUUCUUACCCUUGUGGGAUACCAAAGAAGAUGUCGAGCUUGGUCAGCAAGUCUUCGAGGCGGUAUGCUCCAUGUUCGACUACUUCAAGGAUGAUGCGAACAGAGAAGUUUUGUCUAGGGUCUUUGCUGCUCUUGCAACCCACGAUGAGGAGCUCAAGGAAGUUGCCGAAUUAUGUGCCGACCUAAACUCUCGCUCGACAAGGAGACUUGAACCCGACUAUGAACGACGCCUGCAGGCUUUCCGGAAAGUCAACGAGGAGCAAUACAACAGCUACAGUGCGAAGCAGUGGAGACCUCUUCUUUACAACAUGCUGUUCUAUGUCAGGGAUGAAGACGAGCUUGCCAUCCGAUCCAGCGCUUCUUUCAGUCUGAGACGAUUCAUUGACCGGACGGCCAAUGAACCAGACGCGGCGUUCGAAUCUCUAAUUAAUGAUGUUCUCUUCCCUUCCUUGCAAUACGGUAUCCGGCAAAAGUCUGAGCUUAUUCGCUCCGAGGUUGUCGCAGUCAUUGGAUACUUCGUUAAGCUGAACCCUACCAGACCGUCAGUGCAAGAUAUGCAUGUCCUCCUUGUCGGUGAUGAUGAAGAAGCCUCUUUCUUUACCAACAUUCUUCACAUCCAGCAGCACCGCAGACAGCGUGCAUUGCGUCGACUUGCCACAGAUGCCGCUAACGGCAGCAUUCAAGCCUCAAACCUGGGCACUAUCUUCAUUCCCCUCAUUGAGCACUUCGUCUUCGAAGAUGCCGCCGAUGAGAAUGCUCACAAUUUGAUUGCUGAAGGUGUUGCCACUAUCGGAGCACUGUCAGAAUGGCUGGACUGGAACCAAUUCCGUGCCAACUUCCGGAGAUACCGCAGCUACAUGGCAAGUAAGCCCGAAAAGGAGAAGAACAUUCUCAGGCUGCUGGGCCGUAUGUCAGAUGCUCUGUCCAGCGCAAUGAGCCGGAAGAAGGGAUCGCAGGAGGAGACAAGUGAGAGUGCUGAGAAGAUGGACAUUGUCGAGCAGCCUUUGUGCACCCUUGCUAAGACUGUUCCUUCUCUUGCCAAGGUUGCAUCGGAGCUGACGACAAACUUCAUUCCCUUCUUGACCAAGUUUAUUCACCACAAGCAAGAAACCGAAAUGAGUUUGCGCCUGCCUGCUGCGGUUACUACUGUCAAACUUCUCAAGAUCCUGCCCGAGGAGGAUAUGACCAUCCGUUUGCCGCCCGUUCUGCUCGAUGUAUGCACCACUCUUAAGAGUAAAGCACAGGAUUCCCGUGACACCGCUCGCAAAACGCUCAAUGAGAUUGCUCUCCUUCUGGGUCCAGUCUAUUUCGGUUAUAUCCUGAAGGAGCUGCGCAAUGUUCUCGCUCGAGGCUACCAGCUCCACGUGCUCUCAUUCACUGUUCACUCCAUGCUCGUGCACACCACAGAUGUGUUCGAACAAGGUGAUUUAGAUGGUUGCCUGACAGACCUGGUCGCCGUCGUCAUGGAUGAUACCUUCGGUACUGUCGGGCAAGAAAAGGAUGCUGAGGGAUAUACUAGCAAGAUGCAGGAGGUGAAGAGCAGCAAGAGCUACGACUCCAUGGAACUUCUUGCAAAGAUCUCCACAAUCAGCCAGCUUUCAAACUUGGUUCGUCCUCUACAAGCACUCCUUCGUGAGAAGCUCAACUCCACCAUUGUUAAGAAGCUGGAUGAGCUCAUGCGGAGAAUUGGCAUUGGUCUUUUGAGAAACCCGGAUGCUGAGAGUCGCGAUCUGUUGGUCUUCUGCUACGAAGUCAUCAAGGAGUCCUACCGCGACAGUGCCCCGACUGAGGCUGCGCCUGCACCAAAGUCUCGUUCCGAGGAACGGUUCUUGGUCAGGUUGCAAGGAGCUAAGCGAGGCGAGCAUCGGGGCACGACAUCCUCUCACGUAUACAAGCUGACUCGAUUCGCGCUUGAUGUCCUUCGUGCGACCCUUAACAAAUUUAACUCGCUGUUGACGGCUUCCAACCUGUCCGGGUUUAUCCCCAUCAUUGGUGACUCGCUUGUCCAAGCUCAAGAGGAAGUCAAGGUCUCGGCUCUUCGUUUGCUGUCUACCAUCAUCAAGCUUCCUCUGCCCGAACUCGACGAGAACGCAAAUGUCUAUUUCACGGAAGCUGUCAAAUUGGUCAAGGAAUCUCCUAGCACCAACUCCGAGGCAGCCCAAGCCUCUUUGAAGCUGAUCUCCUCAAUGCUCCGUGAACGCAAAGAUACCAAGCUUCGCGAUGGACACCUUGCUUACCUGCUUCACCGGCUGAAGGCUGAUAUUGAACAACCAGAUCGCCAAGGUGUGACGUUCAACUUCAUCAGAGCAGUCAUGUCCCGGAAGCUUGUCGUAACAGAGAUGUACGAGCUUAUGGACAACAUUGCAACCAUGAUGGUGACGAACCAGACUCGUUCUGCUCGAGACCUUGCCCGAGGCACCUACGUUCAUUUCCUGAUCGAAUACCCACAGGCGAAGAACCGAUGGACCAAGCAGCUCAGCUUCUUCGCAAAGAAUCUGGAAUAUAAGCACCAGUCUGGACGCCAGUCAGUCAUGGAGGCUAUGCAUAUGCUCCUCUCCAAGACUGGCCCGGAAUUGGCCCAAGAUAUCAUCAGCACUUUCUUCCUACCCAUUGUUCUCGCUAUGGCGAACGACGAAUCGCCGGAAUGCAGAGAGCUGGCAGGUACCUUGCUGGGAGAGUUCUUCAACCGCGCAGAUCAGGAGCAGAUGAAGACCAUCCUCACGCCCCUUCAUUCGUGGUUGGAGCAGACCAACAAUAUGGCCCUUUGCAGCAUUGGAUUGCAGGCCAUGCGGAUCUACUUCGAAGCCGAGGAGACCGAGAAGGAUAAGCAGGCUCGUUUCGUUAUUGGAAUUCUGCCAGAAUUGAUGCAGCCUGUCCUUGAGGAUCACGAAAAUGGCAACUGGGAGGCUCUUUACUUUGCCCUGCAGCUUUUCACGAAGCUUACCAAGACAGUUUCCUCGCUUGCUCUGAGCCCGCUAUGUGCUACCAUCUGGGCGGCUAUCCAGGAAGCCCUGUUCUUCCCCCACGCUUGGGUGAAGACCUGCGCCGCAAACCUUAUUGGUAUGUGGAUGGCCGACUUGGCCAAGACAAAUGCUGCCGAAGGCUACGCUUCGAUUCCUCUGGUUGGAAGCUCUGGUCUUGCUCUUGACAAGCCUGCUAUGCUCCAACUUCUUCGUGCUGGUUUGCGCAGUCUGCGUACUCCAGGCAUCACCGAAGAUCUGGCCAUGCAGAGCGUACGCAACCUUGUCUUUAUGGGCCGUUGCUGUGCCCAGAACGGACUAGAGCUUCCAAAGAUGGGAGGCGAUGAUGUUGAAUCCGAGGACGAAGAUGAAGAUGAGGCUGGCAGUGACGCCGAGGGCGAGACAAAGAAAGAGACUGUUGAAUCCCCAAGAUCUGCCACCCAUUACAUCUUCAAGCAGAUCUCAUCUCUGCUGCGCCGUGAAAUGCUGUCCAACAGGGCAAAUGCUCUCACUCCCAAGACAGCCUCUAUCACGCUCCUUGCUGCGCUGAUCCGCCACCUUGAUGCUGAGCAUAUCAAGCCUUCCAUCCGUGUCAUUCUCAUCCCCCUGCAGCAUCUGACUGACUCAUCUAUUCCGGCACCACGCUCGUCGGAUGAGACCUUCCAGAACACCUACAAGUCCCUUGUCUCCAACUGCCACGAGGUCUUGGAUCUUCUGCAGAAGAAGCUCGGUACCACCGAAUACAUUGACGAGAUGUCCAAGGUCCAGGAGGCUAUUAAGGAACGUCGUGAAGGAAGACGGGUCAAGCGUCGCAUCGAUGCUGUUGCUGAUCCCGAGCGUCAUGGACGCGAGAAGGUCAAGAAGAAUGAGCGGAAGAAGGACAAGCGUCGUGAGAAGGCCAUGGAGCAUCGUGGUAAGAGACGCGGGUGGUAG